AUGUAUCUAGCUAUUCCGAUAUCAGUAAAAAAGCAUUUGUCAUUCACGCAGAUGUAUGAAGGUGAAUCUCAUUUAUCACCAAUAUCGUCAGCGACGUCGGUUGUCGUUGAAGCAUCGUUGUUAUUAGACACGCACACCACAAAGAUGAACAUUGGCGAGAUGCUGCUCAUGAGCCACUUGGAACCUACUAUGAGGUUUCUCAAGAACAUCGUCGAGAGAAACGCGAGAGAUUUGAGUGAAGCAGUCACCUCUCCUUUCACGUGGUUAGGCUGUAUGUGGCAACACAUUCCCACACUUGACCGCUUUUCCGUUUUCGACGCUAAGGUCCUGAUAAUUGCUAUCCGACUUCUCAAAGAACUCUACGAAAAUGGUGGAUUUCGUGCGUGGCUUGGAGCGCUAGAUCGAUGGUCAUACGACAAUCAGCUCCUCGAGGUUGAUGACGAUUAUGAUGAAGAAAUCGACAUCUCGGACUACGGACUUGACAGCAGCGUGUAUGACGACGCCGCCAGCUUUGCUUCCGAUGGGCAUGAUGAUUUUUCAUACUCUUCCGACGACGAGACGGCUUGUGCUGCAAUAUUCGACAGCAACGACUCAUUCAAUGCAUUGAAUGCAACUGAAAUGCGCGAUUCAUCACUGCAGAACGACCCAACCCAGCAAGACGUGUAUACAAUUUUCUACUGUGGAUUUGAAGACCUUUCCGAUGAAUACCUUUUAGCGUCUUAG